AAUUUAGCAGCCGCAGAAAUCUCCAUUUUGGAAUGUAGCAAAAAUUGAAGACAGCUGCAAAUAUAUCAUCAGUUUUAUCUACAACCUAAAUCAUGGCUGCAGAUCCAAUUCGAUAUGAUGGGAAGGUUGUACUUGUUACUGGAGCUGGUGGAGGUCUCGGGAAGCAGUAUGCCCUCGCCUUUGCGAAGCGAGGGGCGGCCGUUGUUGUCAAUGACCUUGGAGGUGAUUUCAAAGGUGAAGGUAAAAGUUCAAGGCCAGCUGAUGUUGUAGUGGAAGAAAUCCGUGCUCUGGGUGGGAAGGCUGUUUCAAAUUAUGAUUCUGUUGAAGAAGGUGAAAAACUUGUUAAAACUGCAAUUGAAAACUUUGGAAGAAUAGACAUUGUGAUCAAUAAUGCUGGUAUCCUACGAGACAAGAGCUUCGUGAGAAUAAGUGAUCAUGACUGGGAUAUAAUUCACAGGGUCCACCUGCGGGGUUCAUUUCUUGUGACAAGGGCAGCAUGGCCUUAUAUGAAGAAGCAGGGCUAUGGAAGGAUCAUCAUGACUUCUUCUACUGCUGGUAUCUAUGGAAACUUUGGCCAGGCUAACUACGGUGCAGCCAAACUUGGUCUGUUUGGAUUGAGCAACACGUUAGCAGUUGAAGGAAAGAAGUACAACAUACACAGCAACACCAUUGCACCUACUGCUGGAUCACGAUUGACACAGACUGUCAUGCCUCCAGACCUGGUUGAUGCCCUGAGGCCGGAGUAUGUUGCCCCACUGGUCAUGUACCUCUGCAGUGAUUCCUGUGAAGAAACCGGUGGCCUGUUUGAAUGCGGUGCUGGAUGGAUGACAAAAUUGAGGUGGCAGGAGGCUGACGGAGCAAUCGUCAGGAAGAAAAACCAAGACAUGACGCCAGAGGCAGUUCGAGAUAAUUGGGAGAAGAUAACAGACUUCACAAACAACCCUCGGUACCCCACAACAAUUGGAGGUAACACAGCCAGGCUAUUGGAAGUACUGGAAACGAUCAAUGAUUCCGGCGAGGACUCUCAAAGUUCAAGUAGCGCAGAUAAUGCAAGUGGGGGUCUAAACCCUGAGCUAGCAAAAAGAUCAAACUUGCCAUCGUCAACAUUUUCAUACACACCACGUGAUUCAAUCUUAUAUGCAUUAGGAGUUGGUGUUUCAACGACACAACCGGACCACUUGAAGUUUCUGUUUGAGCUUGCUGAGGACUUCUGUGUACUGCCAACAUACGGUGUCAUUCCAUGCUUUGCGUCGUCAACGAGCUUGUUUAAUGGUUCUGUGCCUGGCUUGGAAAUAGAUGUCGCAAAGGUCCUCCAUGGAGAACAAUACUUGGAGGUUUUCAAGCCUCUUCCUGCCAACUGCCAAGUGACCACCACACCAUCAGUUGUCGAUGUCCUGGAUAAGGGCUCUGGAGCAGCUAUUGUAGUCAACUAUGACUCAGUUGAUGAGAAAGGUGAACCUCUGUUCCGUAACCAGAUGGUUGUCUUUGUGGUUGGCGCAGGACGAUUUGGAGGUCAGAGGUCAUCAGAUAAGAUCGUUCCUACCCAGAAGCCACCUACAAGAGCACCGGAUGCGACCGUUCAGGAGAAGACUGGUCUUGAUCAGGCUGCUUUGUACCGCUUAUCAGGUGACUACAAUCCACUUCAUAUUGACCCAAGUUUUGCAGCAAUGGGUGGUUUUCCCCAGCCUAUUCUCCAUGGCCUAUGUUCCUUUGGCUUUGCAAGCAGACAUGUGUUGAAACAAUAUGCUGGCAACGAUGUGACCAAGUUCAAGUCCAUCAAGGUUCGUUUCUCCAAGCCAGUUAUUCCGGGACAAACGAUUCAGACUGACAUGUGGAAGGAGGGAAACAGAAUUCAUUUUCAAUGCAAGGUGGUUGAAAAUGGAGAUGUGUGUAUAUCUGGUGCUUAUGUUGAUUUGACUGACGUUGCUGCAGCAACUGUUGGAGCUUUACCAGCUGGCUUCCCGAGUCAGAGUAACCUUGCCAGCAACGCCGUGUUUGCCGAGCUCAAGAAGAGGUUGGAAUCCCAGCCAGGAUUGGUAAGAAAGAUCAAGGCAGUCUACCUGUGGAACAUCACCAAGGAUGGAAAACAGGCUGCUCAGUGGACUGCCGAUUUGAAAAACGGUUCUGGGGACAUCUACCCUGGAGAGCCAAAGGAAGGAAAGCCUGGCUGCUCAAUCACCAUCAGUGAUGAAGAUCUUCUAGGCUUAGUCCAAGGAAAACUCAAUGCCCAGAAGGCCUUCAUGACGGGAAAGUUGAAGAUCAAGGGCAACAUCAUGCUCAGUCAGAAGCUCUCAGAACUUUUCAAGGACAAUGCAAAACUGUAAACAGUGCUAAGUGGACUUGACAAAUGUUCUUCGGACGUGUAUUAGGAUUAUAUAAUUGUAUCAUCAUAUAUUAGGAUUAUAUGAUUGUAUCAUAUAUAAACUUAGGACUCGUCAAGAUUUAGCUAAUUUCUCAUCAUUCCUUCUGAUUCUGGAUGAUCAGUAUGUACAUGUACAUCUUUAUUUGCAUAUGUGUACACAUGUACCGGUUUCAAUAUCUGCACAUGAUUUAUAUGACUGUGGUUGAUAGCAUAGAUUGGGAGGGACUGGUACUCAAUUUGUGAUUCGAUUUGUAAAUUAUGAUAAAUAUU